CCACCGCCCCCGGCCCCACCGCCCCGGGGCCUCGCGCCCGCCCGCUGCUGCCCGCCCCGCCCGCGACCCCGUCCCCGGCCCCUGCCUGGGGGUCCGCGGCCGCGCGGGACCCUCUCCCCUCCAGCCUCGUCCGCCUGCCCAAGACGAGUCCCGCAGGUCAGCGCGGGAGCCCAGUUGCUGAGCCAUGCCGGGCCCCGGGCGGCCGGCAGCAAGCCCAACCCCAGCACCCACAUAGUCAUGAACAGCCACAGACACAAUGGCUUCGGGGGACGGCCACUGGGUGGCGGGCUGGGUGCCCUGGGCCGAGACCCUCCGGACCCCGAGGCCGGCCACCCGCCUCAGCCUCCAAACGGCCCAGGCAUCCAGGUGGUGGUAGCCAAGAGUGAGCCGGCCCAGCCCGGCAGCCCCCGGGGGCAGCCCCAGGACCAGGAAGAAGAGGAAGAUGAGGAGGAGGAUGAGGCGGGUAGGCAGAGGGGCUCGGGAAAGCCCCCCAGCGUGGGCCACCGUCUGGGCCACCGGCGGGCGCUCUUUGAGAAGCGGAAGCGUCUCAGUGACUACGCUCUCAUCUUUGGCAUGUUCGGCAUCGUUGUCAUGGUGACGGAGACGGAGCUGUCCUGGGGGGUCUACAGCAAGGAGUCCCUGUACUCAUUUGCACUCAAAUGCCUCAUCAGCCUCUCCACCGUCAUCCUGCUGGGCCUGGUCGUCCUCUACCACGCCCGGGAGAUCCAGCUGUUCAUGGUGGACAACGGGGCAGACGACUGGCGCAUCGCCAUGACGUGCGAGCGCGUCUUCCUCAUCUCCCUGGAGCUGGCCGUGUGUGCCAUCCACCCGGUGCCCGGCCACUACCGCUUCACGUGGACAGCGCGGCUAGCCUUCACGUACGCGCCGGCAGCGGCCGAGGCCGACGUGGACGUGCUGCUGUCUGUGCCCAUGUUCCUGCGUCUCUACCUGCUGGGCCGCGUCAUGUUGCUGCACAGCAGGAUCUUCACGGACGCCUCCAGCCGCAGCAUCGGCGCCCUCAACAAGAUCACCUUCAACACGCGCUUCGUCAUGAAGACGCUCAUGACCAUCUGCCCGGGCACCGUGCUCCUUGUCUUCAGCAUCUCCUCCUGGAUCAUCGCCGCCUGGACCGUGCGGGUCUGUGAGAGGUAUCACGACAAGCAGGAAGUGACCAGCAACUUCCUGGGGGCCAUGUGGCUCAUCUCCAUCACCUUCCUCUCCAUCGGCUACGGCGACAUGGUGCCCCACACUUACUGCGGGAAGGGCGUGUGCCUGCUCACUGGCAUCAUGGGGGCUGGCUGCACGGCGCUCGUGGUGGCCGUGGUGGCCCGGAAGCUGGAGCUCACCAAGGCAGAGAAACACGUGCACAACUUCAUGAUGGACACUCAGCUCACCAAGCGGGUAAAAAACGCCGCUGCUAACGUUCUCAGGGAGACGUGGCUCAUCUACAAACACACCAGGCUGGUGAAAAAGCCAGACCACGCCCGGGUUCGGAAACACCAGCGUAAGUUCCUCCAAGCCAUCCAUCAGCUCCGGAGUGUGAAGAUUGAGCAAGGGAAGCUAAAUGACCAGACCAACACGCUCGCAGACCUGGCCAAGACCCAGAAUGUCAUGUACAACCUCAUGUCCGAGCUGCACGCCCAGCACGAGGAGCUUGAGGCCCGCCUGGCUGCCCUUGAAAGCCGCCUGGACGCAUUGGGCGUCUCCCUGCAGGCCCUGCCGGGCCUCAUCGCCCAAGCCAUACGCCCGCCUCCACCACCCCUGCCUCCCCGGCCUGGCUCCGGCCCACUGGACCCGGUGGCUCGGAGUCCCCCACACCGGCGGCCACCCACGGCCCCUUCAGACUGCGGGUGACGGCUCUGCCUGCCACCAGACUCCUCAAUCUUGGCCAUCGUGUGGCCGCCACCUCCACGCCAGCCAAGAAGCCCUGUACAGUGGCGCCUCUUGGAGUUCAAGGAGCUGAAACCGAGUUGGGCUGAUUGGACUGGGGCCCGCCAGACUGUCCGGGCAGAGGGCAGGGCCAUACGGCAGGCAAGGGCAGGGGCGGGCCACCACUGGCUUCCUCCCUGAUUGGAGCUGGGAGAGCCUGGAGCUUCCUCUGGUCCUCUGCCACCCCCAACCCCCGGCUCUCCCCAGGCUCCCGGUGGGUGCGGAGCAGCCAGGAGAGGGGUCCUUGCCAGUUCCAAAUAAAGCAGGACCCACCCA